CACUAAUGUGGCUAGCUGGUAGCUAACCAUGCAUAUAUUAUUAAUUGUACCGGUAAAACAUUUCAAUAUUUUCAAACUGUAACAUUAGUAACAAGCUAGUGUCCCGUAGAGCCUUCUGCUGUUUUGCGGUAAUGCGGAUUGACAGAAGAAUCUAACCCGGAAGCUGGCCUGGAAGAAAGAAGAUGCUUAUGUUGGCCUAGCAAGUUAGCUAUCUGAGUUGUAUGGAAAGUAAUCCGCAAGCUAAACUAUUUCUGAAGAAUUCACGAUGAAUGAGGAUUCUGCCGACCUAUCCAUCCCCCCUCGCUCCUGCUCCACUGAACCCAACCCUCCAGAGUCACUGGUUCCUGACUCUAACCAUAGAGACAUCGACACCUGCAGUGAAAUACCCAGAUUUAACAUUGUAGUCAAGGAGGAGGAAGACUGGGACGUGGAUGAUACUGUCGAACGAGGAGCGAGUUCUAACUCCAGCUCUAGUGAUGGGGCACCAGCAGAACCUGAACAGCACCAGGAGAAUCCUAGAGCUAAGAAGUUUUGGAGCUGCCCAGAUUGUGGAAUAGAGAUCGCUCACCCAUCUAAUUUCAAUAGACACCUGAGAACACACACAAACCUUGCUAAGGAGUCUUCCGUCUGUCCAAUAUGUGGGAAAGACUUUGUUCACCCCUCCAAACUGAAGAGACAUUUCCGAACACAUACAGGAGAGAAGCCUUACCAGUGCUCUGUGUGCGGGAAGCGAUUCACACUGAAGCCCCACCUGGAAAGACAUCAGAUGACCCACCCUGGAGGGAAGCAGCCAGACGCGACAAAGAAGCACCCGUGCUCCGAUUGUGGAAAGGAAUGUUUCUCUGCAUAUGAACUGAAGAUGCACAUGAGAAAGCACACCGGGGAGAGACCUCACCAGUGCUCCUACUGCGAGAUGAGCUUUGGCUGUAAGGGAACUCUAUCGAGACACGUACGACGCCAUACAGGAGCACCCACACCGAAACCUUACCAAUGCUCACAGUGUGGGAAGAGAUACGAGUCACCGUCGAGGCUCAGGCAGCAUCAGACUGUGCACACUGGAGAGAAACCUUACGAGUGCUCUGAUUGCGGGAGGGGUUUCGCUUCGACCGAAGGUCUUCGCAAACGUCAAUGCAGCCAUGCCAGUAACCAUAGCAAUCAGUGUACACUGGGAAUUCCAGAUAUGGUGUCAUCAUCGGGCAGUCAAACUAUGAAUAUCAAGGUCGAAGACGAGGAACAGGUGCUGGCAAUUAAUGUCAAAGAGGAAGAGGAGGAGGAAAUGGUUGUUUCUGUCAAUGCUGAUAGAGAGAAACCUUACCGUUGUACCUCCUGUAAAAAUACCUUUGAUCACCGUAGCUCUCUAGCAAGACACAAACAAUCCCACACUAGUGUCGCACAGUACAGCUGCUCAGAAUGUGGGAAGGAAUUCAGCCAAUCGUGGACUUUCAAGAUUCACAUGCAACAGCACACCGGAGAGCACCCGUACCACUGCUGUCAGUGUGAUAAGAGUUUCUCAGCUUCACCACUCCACAAAAGACACCAGCGAGUUCACACUGAGGUGAAACCUUACCCCUGCUCUCUCUGCAGAAAUGAAUUAUCCUCGUCGGCAAACCAGUGCUGUCUCCAUGCUGGAGAAGGACCUGUGGCUAGCCUGAGCCAAGCUCCUGGACAGGGAUCACAGCAGCAGGUGUCUGCAGCGGUAGAGGAGUCUGUUGUACUGGAUGUCAAAGUGAAAGAGGAGGAUCCUGCUUUCGGUGAGAGGCCCAGGAAACCCUCAGACUUCUACAGAUGCACCGUUGAGAGCAUCCCGUCGGGCUGUAUCACCGCCUG